AUGCGCGAAGGCCGCGCUCCGGAACUAAGGGAAGCAGCGAAUUACGCGGGAACUGGCGUCGUCCUUAUCGAAUGUUGCUCAAUGGAAGGAAGCGUGGACGUCGAAGCCGCGGCAGCAGCGUCAGUAAUGGAGCGGACACCGCGCAGCGCGGCCGUGCGUCCCGGGGCUGCAGCCAGCAUGGGCCACACUCUCAGGUCAUUCGUGAUUUCUUUGGCAAUCGCGAUAGCAUUAACCAAUACCCCCGCCUGCGGCUUCACCAUACCUCGGUUACAAACCAAUUUGGAUUCAACAACAGAUUUGGAGACUGGAGAGAGCAGACAGCUGGAAGUGAAGUACGACUUGAAGACACUAAACGAUAGUAAAACCUUCGAUAUCAGUAGGACAAAAGGAGAUCUUGAACCCACUGUCAUAGCAAUCAAUUAUCACAAGAAAGCAGACAGUAAAAACAGCAGCAAUGAAAAGGAUAAUCAGAUACAGCCGAAUGCAAAUGAAACAAAAUCGAAUGUAGCAGCAGAUAGUACAAUAGAGAUGACAACUACAGCACUAUUCGCAAAUCAAAAUAAUACUGGAGAGUCUGAGAGAAGUCCGGAAUUUACAACACAAUCUAUCCUGCAGACCACACCGCUAUUUACUGAAGAUAUACCGGAAAAUGUAAUAGGUGUAAACAAAACGCAUGAAGUAAAUACGGGAAACGAUACCUCAAGAGCACAUGGUAAUAAUACUGGAAAUGGAAACAACAUUACCUCUUUGGAAACAAAAUUUAACAGUUCCUUAGAACAAACGGAACGCAAAGACACUCGUUCUAUAUUUGGUAAUGAAAAUAAAAUUAAGAACGAAAGCGAUAUCACUGAUCAGAACGCUAAUGAAACACACUUCAAAGAAGAUAAUACUAUUGCAAAGACCGACGCUCCUGCGACUUCCCCAUCUGACUAUAAAACAGAUGUCACAAAUGUCACGUUUGAUACUACAAUAACAGAAGCGACCACAACCAACAGUACGGAUGACAUUGCUACUACUGACGUCCAACCACUCACGCUGCCCUCUUGGAAAAAAUAUACAACGAUUGACAGAAAACGUACAAGCACUGAGGAAACUACAGCUCAGGACAAAGAUAUGGUACGAGAGGAAACCGCUCAAACCCGUAUAAGUCUUGAAAAAGUAUUUAAUAAUACACCGAUACCAUCUUUAGAAAAAUUCAAAAACGACCUCAUAAAUGCUCAAGAAUCAACGACUAUUAAACUUGACGUAACCAAUGCGACUGAAGUCAAUGUUUCGGAUAACCGUACAUCGACACCAUUUAUGUCAAAUGAAACUACAAAAUUGGAACUUGUGUCUAAAAGAGCUGGUUACAAGGAUAACAGAGAGACGACCACGGAGAAAACAGGAGAAGCUACGGCCUCUCUGUUCCCGCCCAAAGUUAGCGCGAAUGACACAGAAGUGUACAAUACCAUGUACGAGACGGAACCGAGCGAAGUUGAGGUGACAGAAAACAAGAAUGAUACAGUCCAUGAGUCGCAAAGUCAAUUGGCUGAGGACGCGAUCAAAGAAGAGUUAUUAAAGGAAGAAACGCUCAACGACAAUGAAGAGUAUGCAAAACGCUAUCAUGAAGAUGAACGUGUUACCUCGUCGAGAGGGAAACAAUCUAAACAAGGAACCAAUGCUGCCACUGAAGAUUCGCUUAGCGUCAAACCAAUUGGCCAGGAAAAAAAGAAAAACACUAUUUUAUAUCCAGUCAGCCCAAAUUAUAAACCACUUAAAAAGAUCGACGUGCAACCACCAAAACAAUUCAUUCGCGACCCAGAUGAUAACAGUUGGAGAAAUGAAAGCAUUAGUUCUCUAGGAAUUGUAUUCAAACCAAAAAAUGCUUCCAAAUCUUUCACACAGGUUCUGAAGAAUAAAACGGAAACUGAGUUGGGAAACAUGACAGAUAAUAAAGAUAGCAAAGACGAUGUUCCAGACUUAAGGGUCAGACUAGAAAAGAUUGCUGAAGUUAGAAAAUCUAAAAAGAAGAUCAAUAAGUAUGGCGAUACUGUGUACAGUGACUACGAGGAGUCUGUUGAGAACGCGAACAAUUCCAAGGAAGAUACGACCUCGCCUAUGAGUCCAGCUCUCGAUUUAUUCCCUAACUUCACUCCGCCCCCUACUCCUAAAACAAGCACCACCGAAUUUGAGCUCACAGUUAAUCCUAUAUCAGAAUUCGAUCUCUUCAAAGAAGACGUCACGACUCCAUUGACAACGACUAAGCCAAAGAAAUUUUAUAAUUUGGCAGAGUAUUACGAUGCAACAGAUGAAUAUGAUGCUGACUAUAUCAAUGCGCACAAAAUUGAUUUAAAGAAAUACACUCAGUCGCUGAAACCAAAGGACAACCACGUUACUCAACCACCGCAACCACUUCAUACAAAACCGAUGAAAGAAUAUCAACCUGAGAGGAAAGCAACUCUUCAGUACUUCCCACCUACGCAGAAAGUUGUUCAGAAAGUGAAUCUAAAUGAUUACGAUGGCGAUUUCGAUAGGAAAGUGAACUUGUACACUUUUAAAUCACCUCCUAAGACUAUGCCGCCUGCUUCCUUCGGCACAGUAUCUCCUAUUCGAACAGAAAAGUAUGAACAAGCAAACAAAGUAACGAUGAAGCCUCUCUACACGCCGAUGUAUCAAACUGAAAACAUGGACAAGAAUCUGUACUUGACGAACCCGUCGCGCGUCACCGACUCCCCCAGCGGGUUUGUGCCCAACGACGGUAAUUUCAACAGAGCCUCGUACGUCAUCAAACAUUACCGGGACUUCAUCAACGAGGCGGCGAAGGAGGGCGACGACGGCAAUGAGUAUCUGUACACGGAACCGCCCAUACGCGGGGUCACCGUCAACGAGCUCUCCAAGAUGACUACUCCCAAAGAUGUCGAGGACGAUUACGACUACGACGUGAAGUUCCGUAAGGACAUCAUUAACAGAUUCGUGGACAACUUCAACCAGAACAGUGAGCGGUUCAAGGUGGACUUCCCGAUCCUGUACAACAGCAGCGUGGUGCACCGGCAGGCGCCGCAGCAGGGCCGCGUGGCGUCGUCCACGGCGUUCAUGAAGCGGCUGUACGAGGUGCAGGCGCGGGGCGCGGGCGCGGGCGGUGCGGGGGGAGGGCGGCGGGCCUGCGAGCCGCACUGCGACAACAUGACGGUGGAGCUGUCGCCCGCCUACGAGCUGCACUACUACGUGCCCGACCAGGAGGAGAAGGAGGAGAUGGAGCAGCGCCCCGUCACGCUGCCCUACCGGUACCGGUUAUGAGCGGCACGGCAGUGACGCGGUGCCACACUCGGACUGAUCACGACUAUUAAGUUUAUUGGUGCUUAUCGUCGGUAACGAAUGGCGAAUGAUUGCCGGAGCGAAUAGUAAUUAUACAAACAACAAUAAUGAUAUCGCAAAUCAACUCGUUGUUAUAAAACUCGGUUGUUUCGUGAAACUGUGACAGAAUUGGGACUUUAUUGUUCAAUAAAAUGUAGCGUGUAUGAAGGCGGUGUACUGUAGCUUGUACUCAGGUAUGACCUGAAUCUAUUUAAAGGCCUGUAAACAGGUUUUGCGUGGAAAUAAAUGUAGUGACCAAACUGAUUUUGUACUUAAUUUUCUAUUCAUGUGGUGUGUAUUUCGAUUUAUUUUCUAGUUUCUUUGUUGUAAGAAUCUAGAAUAUGAAAUAUUUAAUUCAUUUUUGACUAUGUAUGUAUUCCACCAAAUUGCCAAAGAUGUUAUUUUUAUGAUAAUUGUGAAGAGGCUUCAUGUAAUUUUAAUGUUUACAAAAAUUAAAUUAUAUUAUUUUUCAACAAAAAUUUUACCUAAUUGGUGUCAUAUCAUGAUGGGACUGUAUAUUAGUGUUAAGAAAAUGUGAUACAUAGAAAAUCGGCUAGUGUGCUUAUAAAAAAAAUAA